CCUCCGCCGGCCCGAGCCAUCCAUCUCCCAACCACGACUCUCUCUCCCAUUUCCGACGACUAACCACCCACACCCUCAUCAUGCUGCCCCCAUUGUCCGCCCGCGCAUUGCUGCGUCCCACCUCCACGGCGGCGGCCUCGGCGAUCCGUCGCGCCUCUUCGGCGCCCGCUGGUCCCCUCACUCGCGUUACAACGCUGCCCAACCGUGUGCGCGUCACCACUGAGGCGAGCCCGGGACAUUUUCACGCGGUCGGCGUCUACGUCCAUGCCGGCAGCCGCUUCGAGAGCCACCGCACGAGCGGCGCAUCCCACUUGUUAGACCGACUUGCGUUCAAGUCCACUGACAAGCACACCGACGAGGAGAUGGUCACCCUCAUCGACCAGCUCGGCUCGCAAAUCACAUGCAGCUCGUCGCGCGAGGCGAUCAUGUACCAGUCGACGGUGUUCCCCCAGUCGCUUGAUCUCGCCAUGUCGCUGCUCUCCUCGACGAUCCUGCACCCUCUUUUGCUUCCCGAGGAGUUGGAGGCCCAGAAGGCAGCCGCCGCGUACGAGAUCAGAGAGAUUUGGGCCAAGCCCGAACUGAUCCUUCCCGAGAUCCUGCACACGGUCGCGUUUAAGGACAACACACUCGGCAUGCCACUCUUGUGCCCCGAGAGCCAGCUCGAGGUGUUGGGAGAGGCCGAGAUCCGCGGCUUCAUGCGUGACUGGUACCGCCCCGAACGAAUUGUCGUUGCUGGCGUCGGCAUGCCGCACGAGCAGAUGGUUGAGCUUGCGGAGAAGCACUUUGGUGGUGUCCCCGCUUCAUCUGACGCGCACGUGCAGAGCUCGCUCCGGCCUGGCGCGUCGGCCCAACCCGUCGGGACCAAGGGCUUCGCAACGGUUGUCAACCCGCCCUUGAACAGCGACGCGCACCUCGCUUCCGCCAAGGCGGUGUACACGGGUGGCGAGGAGUACAUCCUCAAGCCCGAAGAGGAGUUCGUGCACCUCUACAUUGGCUUUGAGGGCCUCGGCGUGCACGACCCCGACAUCUACGCGCUCGCGACGCUCCAGACCCUCCUUGGCGGCGGUGGCUCGUUCUCGGCUGGUGGACCCGGAAAGGGCAUGUACACGCGCCUCUACACCAACGUGCUGAACCGUUACCAUGCGGUCGACUACUGUGCAGGCUUCCACCACUGCUACGCGGACAGCGGUCUCUUUGGCAUCGCGAUGAGCGUAUACCCUCAGUUCGCUGGGAGUGCGGCCAACAUCAUUGCGCACCAGCUCGACACGCUCACGCGCCCGCAGAAGGGUGGCAUCGCGCAGAUUGAGCUGUCUCGCGCCAAGAACAUGCUCAAGUCGCAGCUCGUUAUGGCGCUCGAGAGCCGGUUGACGGCGGUCGAGGACCUGGGACGGCAAACGCAGAUCCACGGGCACAAGGUGCCUGUCGAGGAGAUGUGUGCAAAGAUUGACGCGCUGACAAUUGACGUGAGUAUCAAGCUCCGACGAAGGCUAGGGGUGGGGGGAGAUUCGAGAUGGACUCGGCGGAAGGUGGACGGCUGUUGGGCCUAGGGCGUCGCCGUGAGGUAAUCACCGACAGCGGAGACGGCGGCGGUGGAGACAAGUGGAGCGGGCCGACAGUGCAGAGCCUGGGGGUCAUGCUCCGCGACGUGCACUGGCCUAGUACCUCAGAACUCUCCGCUGUGUUUACAGGUCUCGAU